AAUUCAGUUGCGUUGCAAGUAGUCAGUGUGACUCGGACUCAUUACGUGAGAUACAAAUAAAUGGCUGUGGAUUUAAAACUGAAAAGAAAAGACAACACACCUUGGGGAUUCCGGUUGACAGGAGGCGCCGAUGUUGAUGUACCACUUACCGUUAUCAAGGUAAAAGAAGGCAGUUUAGCUGAAGAAGCAGGUUUACUAGUGGACGAUGUCAUCGUGAAAAUAAACGGCAUUCCUACAGCUGGAUUGGCUCACGAGGAGGUUCACGACGUGAUCGUAGAAGCUGGAAAUGAACUUGAUUUGGUUCUUCACAGGACUGAGAAACAGUAUGAUAACCUCGAAGAACAGGAUGAUGUUAUUAUCAAUAAAGAAGUCGUUUUACAAAAUUUGAGAAAUUUAGAAUUGCAAAAUGAAGAUAUUGCUGAACGUUCACAAGAGGUUUCUGACGAAAUAAUAGCUGAAGUUAUUUCCGGACAGUCUGAACUUUUGCCAGGAGAAGACGUCAUAGGGGUGAAUUUUAACAAUGUAGAUUUAUCAAAUUCCAAAGUUCUAGAGACAGUAAAGAGUGAACAGAUUAGCGCUCCUGAAAAAAGAUGGUCUACAUUUCUACAGAAGCCAAAAGGACCAAAACCAAGGCCUAAAUCAAAGGAACAUGAAUUACCUAAAUAUCCGCCAUACAAUCCUUUGAAACUUCCUAAAAAAGAAACUAAAAAUGUGACCAAUUCGGAUAACGUUACGGAGAGUUUAGAAGAGGAAUCAAAUAUAGAAAGUCCUGGAGGGGAAAUGCCUGCAAAUGAAGGUCAAAUUGUUGAUUCGCUUAGUCCAAUUCCGUCGGAAAAUACAGAGAAUUUUGAAUUAGAAGAACAAGAGUUUUCACAAAAUGUGAGCGAUGGAGAUGAUUACAAUGAGCAACGAGAAGAGGAAAGAGAACAUCAAAAAACAGUUAGCUUUGAAUCUUCAAGAUCUGAAGACAUUAGACCUACAGAAGUAUUAACAACUUCGUUGGAAGAACAACUCGCUCAAGUUCAAAAGCAACUUAUGACAUUAUCCAAUUUGCCGUCUUCAAUUCAGUCUACCAUAGAAGAAGUAACGCAACAGUUAGCCAGAAUAGCUAGUCAAGCUAAUCAGGCAUUUUCAUAUAAAGCAGAUUCAUCCGUAGGAGAACAACAGGAUGUAAUAAAUUACGAUGAGUUUAGCGACAGAGUAGAAUCAGUCGACGAAGAGGAACUUGCAUUCGAACACUCUGACAAAGAAUCUGAAGACAUUUUAGAAGGAGGAGGUAAACACUUUGAGGAUAUUGAGUAUGAAGAUGGAGAACAAGAGGGUGGUAGUGACUUGGAACAGUUCAGUCCAACCCAUGAUAGUGAAGAACAAGGUACUCCGAAACCAAGAGAACCUACUGAAGAAGAAAUUGAAGAAAUGCGAAGGGAACAAGAAAGGAUUGAGAAACAGCAAAAAGAAACAGGUGAAUUAAAUGAAGCAUAUCAAAGACGUAUUGAACAAAGGCCAACUCGAGGUUUGGCACCUUUACAGAGGCCUAUUGUUUUACCGGGUGGACGAAAGUGGACCCAGCCGGAUGAUGCAGCUUUGGCUAGUAAACCCAGAAGGAUGACAGAUGAAAAAAUAGCGGAAACGAUCGAAACAUAUUCUGAAGUCAUAACGGGAAAACUGAAAGGGAUUAACUUUCUAAAAUACACCCCUCCUCCUAAAAACUUGGAUUAUCUACAAAAUUCUGAGGUGUUUCGUCUUCUACAUGAAAUGGAUCCUCCACCUCGAAGAGGUAUAGCUGCCAGACCGGAAAUAAUUCCUGCAGUACAGGAUAUAUACGAAAAGAGAACUGCGAACAGAGAAGACUCAACGUCAGAUGGAAUGCAGCGUUAAUUAAGUAAAAUACAUUUUCAUUAUUUUAGUUGUUUUGUUUAUGUUAUUUAUUCAAUAAAACAAUU